AUGGUCAAGGUAGAAGAUAAAGAGGUAGAAGAUAAGGAGUUGGUAGAAGAUAAAAAGGUAGAAGAUAAAGAGGUAGAAGAUAAAGAGGUAGAAGAUAAGGAGGUAGAAGAUAAGGAAGUAGAAAAUAAGGAGGUAGAAGAUAAAGAGGUAGAAGAUAAAGAGGUAGAAGAUAAGGAGGUAGAAGAUAAAGAGGUAGAAGAUAAAGAGGUAGAAGAUAAAGAGGAAGAAGAUAAAGAGGUAGAAGAUAAAGAGGUAGAAGAUAAGGAGGUAGAAGAUAAGGAAGUAGAAAAUAAGGAGGUAGAAGAUAAAGAGGUAGAAGAUAAAGAGGUAGAAGAUAAGGAGGUAGAAGAUAAAGAGGUAGAAGAUAAGGAGGUAGAAGAUAAAGAGGUAGAAGAUAAGGAGGUAGAAGAUAAAGAGGAAGAAGAUAAAGAGGUAGAAGAUAAAGAGGAAGAAGAUAAAGAGGUAGAAGAUAAAGAGGUAGAAGAUAAGGAGGUAGAAGAUAAAGAGGUAGAAGAUAAAGAGGUAGAAGAUAAGGAGGUAGAAGAUAAAGAGGUAGAAGAUAAGGAGGUAGAAGAUAAAGAGGAAGAAGAAAAAGAGGUAGAAGAUAAAGAGGCAGAAAAUGAAGUGGCAGAAGAUAAAGAGGAAGAAGAUAAAGAGGAAGAAGAUAAAGAGGAAGAAGAUAAAGAGGAAGAGGAUAAAGAGGAAGAAGAUAAAGAGGAAGAAGAUAAAGAGGUAGAAGAUAAAGAGGAAGAAGAUAAAGAGGUAGAAGAUAAAGAGGUAGAAGAUAAAGAGGUCGAUAUGUAG